CAGAAAGUAUAAUGUAAUAUUACAGCAUGUUUUCGCAGCUUGUUUCACGAAUCAUAAUUUUGGUGCUUGGUAAUCUGUACCCCGCAUAUGCCUCAUUCAAAGCGGUCAAAUCAAAGAACGCCAGGGAAUAUGCAAGAUGGAUGAUGUACUGGAUUGUGUUCGCCAUUUUUGCAGUUCUAGAAAAUUUCACAGACAUAUUUUUGUCUUGGUUUCCGUUCUACUACGAGUUGAAGAUUUUAUUUGUAGUUUGGCUUCUUUUGCCAACCUUCAAAGGAUCCAGUUUCAUCUUCCGACAGCUGCUCCAUCCGUAUCUCGUGAAAAAUGAACAGGAAAUUGAUCAAUACAUUGAGUGAUUGAAAGAGUUGGGCUCGCAAGCACUCGUAACUCUGGGGAAACAAGGCAUUGAUGUUGCUCAGCGCACGAUUGCACAAAAAGGCCCUGUGUGGCGAUGUGUAUCA